AUGAGUUUGCCCGGCCCUGAGCACGCUGCGAACCCUGAUCAUGCCCAUAUGCUGGCGAAUAAAUGGAUGAAUGCCAGCAAGCUGGCAGAACUCGUCAAAACAGAAGGCAAUUGUUGCUCACUUGUUACAGGUCUUGUGUAUAAGAAAGGCAAAUUCUCGGCGAUAGAAGAGCAACAAGUCAAAGCUGCCAUUGAGAAUUACAGAAACAGUCGCGGAAUGAACGAUGAGCAGAUCUUGGAAAUUAUUUUUCAGAAAAACGAAAAGAUGAAAGACAAUGUCUUUUGGUCGGAAAUCACAUCGUCAGUCCCUCAGCGGCCUAUCAUAGCUGUUUACCACUACGUGCGAAGAGCGUAUCACCCGAAGAAACACCAGGGAAAAUGGUCUCCAGAAGAGGAUGGUCUCCUGAAACAAGCAGUGACAGACUUAGGGCAACAGUGGGAGAAAGUUGGCGAAGUAGUUGGUCGCAUGUCUUCUGACUGUCGCGAUCGGUACCGAAACCACAUUGCUCAUCGAGACAUUCGGGUCAGCGGCCCUUGGACCAAGGAGGAAGAAGACGAGCUCACGAAAAUUGUCACUGAGAUGACGGUGCACCAAGGCAAAGAUAUUGAUAAUGACGUUUUUUGGGGCGUUGUCAGUGAAAAAAUGGGCAACAAACGAGGCCGCCAACAAUGUCGUAUCAAAUGGACCGAUGCGUUGAGCAAGACAGUCAAGAAUGAAGGGCAGCGACCUCGAUGGAGUCCAAAGGAUGCCUAUAUUCUCGUCCACAAAGUUGAUUCUCUCAAUGUUCGCGACGAUACAGAGAUAGAUUGGAAGACGCUGUCGGAUCCAGACUGGAAUCUAUGGAGCGCACAUUCUUUGCAACGACGUUGGCUUACGAUGAAGAGAGGGAUUAAAGGAUUUGAGGACAUGACACACCAAGAAAUCAUGGAUAUUCUCCGAGUUAAGAAGGCUCAUCUUCCUCCUUCGUCUGCCUCUUCACGGAAACGCAAGGUCAUCAGUGCACCCAACAUUGACGAUGGAGAUACAAACGGUGGUGAUCAGACCAGCGUGGCGGGCGGCAGUGAGGCGGGUCCUAGCACAUCCCGGAGGGGGACUGGUGGCGACCACGGAGACUCAUCGUCAGACUCGGAGUAA